CCCACAGACAUCAUCGCGCAAGGCAAAAAUUUGCCUUUCCUCGUCUUGUCUCUUCUCCUCUUUCUCUCCCCCUUUUGUCUCUGACCCUUCAACAACAAUCCUUCUUUUUUCUAACAAGAACUUGUCGUUGCCGAGAGCACCAGAAGCAAAAUGUCGGGCCAGAAGAUUGCCAUCGUCUCCGUCUACGAUAAGACAGGUCUGCUGGAUUUGGCCAAGGGCCUCAACCAACAGAAUGUCCGCAUCCUCGCCUCUGGCGGCACCGCCAAGAUGAUCCGGGAGUCCGGCUUCCCUGUCGAGGAUGUCUCUGCCAUCACCAAGGCCCCCGAGAUGUUGGCCGGCCGUGUCAAGACUCUUCACCCCGCCGUUCACGCCGGAAUACUAGCAAGAAACCUCGAGUCCGACGAGAAGGACCUGGCCGACCAGAACAUCAACAAGGUCGACUAUGUCAUCUGCAACCUCUACCCCUUCAAGGAUACCGUUGCCAAGGUCAACGUCACGGUCCCCGAGGCUGUCGAGGAGAUCGACAUUGGUGGCGUCACCCUCAUCAGAGCUGCCGCCAAGAACCACAGCCGAGUCACCAUCCUCAGCGAUCCCAACGACUACGCCGAGUUCCUCAAGGAGCUCCAGGCCGGUGAGAUCACCGAGGCCAGCCGCAACCGCUACGCCCUCAAGGCGUUCGAGCACACCGCCGACUACGAUGCCGCUAUUUCAGACUUCUUCCGUAAGCAGUAUGCCGCCGACGGCAAGCAGUAUUCGGCCCUGAGAUACGGCGCCAACCCCCACCAGAAGCCUGCCGCUGCCUUUGUCAGCUCUGGUGAUCUGCCCUACAAGGUCCUUGGUGGCUCCCCAGGUUACAUCAACCUGCUGGACGCCCUCAACAGCUGGCCCCUCGUCAAGGAGCUCAAGCAGGCUCUGGGUAGGCCCGCUGCUGCAAGCUUCAAGCAUGUCUCCCCUGCUGGUGCUGCCAUUGGCACCCCCCUGACCGAGGAGGAGCGUAAGGUCUACUUCGUCAACGACAUUGAGGGCAUUGAGUCCUCCCCUCUCGCCCAGGCGUACGCUCGUGCUCGCGGCGCCGACCGCAUGAGCAGCUUCGGUGACGUGAUUGCCCUGAGUGACAUUGUUGAUGUCCCCACCGCCAGCAUCAUCUCCAAGGAGGUCUCUGACGGUGUUAUCGCCCCCGGCUUCGAGCCCGCUGCCCUUGAGAUCCUCAAGAAGAAGAAGGGUGGCAAGUACCUCGUCCUGCAGAUCGAUCCCGACUACGUCCCCUCCAAGACCGAGACCAGAACCGUCUACGGUGUCACCCUGCAGCAGCACCGCAACGACAUCGAGAUCUCUCCCAGAUCGUUCAACAGAAUCAUCACUCCCAAGGAGUCUGCACCUCUGUCCGAGUCCGCUCUCCGAGACUUAACCGUCGCCACCAUCGCCCUGAAGUACACUCAGAGUAACUCUGUCUGCUACGCCUACAACGGACAGGUCAUCGGUCUUGGCGCGGGUCAGCAGUCCAGAAUUCACUGCACGCGUCUCGCUGGUGACAAGGCGGACAACUGGUGGCUCCGCUUCCACCCGCGCGUCCUGGGCAUCAAGUGGAAGAAGGGCACCAAACGCCCGGACAAGAGCAACGCGAUCGACCUGCUGGUCAGUGGCGAGCUCCCCAAGUCCGGUGCGGAGCGUGACAUGUUCGAGGCCGUCUUUGAGGAGAUCCCCCCCGCCUUCACCGACGCCGAGAGGGAGGAGUGGCUUGCCAAGCUGACCAAUGUCGCAGUGUCGAGUGAUGCCUUUUUCCCCUUCGUGGACAAUGUCUUCCGCGCAUCUCGAUCCGGUGUCAAGUACAUCGCCGCCCCUGGCGGCAGCCAGAACGAUAGCGCCGUCUUCGAGACUGCGGAGAAGCUCGGCAUUACGUUUGUUGAGCAGAACAUCCGCCUCUUCCAUCAUUAAGCGUCUCUUUUGAUUUUGGUGUUUGGGGAUUUCAGCUUGUUUAUGAAAUUUGGCGGGCCUGGGCCUGAGGUGAAAAGUUAGAUUUUCAUGCCAUGUUUUGGCUGCCGCAACACGUGCCACCAAUGAGGCAAGGUUGGGCAGUGACAUACUACUGCAAGCAGACGAGCAAAGGCCGCUCUAAGGGCUACAGCGUUGAAGAACAAUGAUAUUCAACAUAUAUCCGGAGUAUAUAGGAAUGAACUUUGGGUUCUAGGUAGCGGAAUCAGAAUCGUGGCUGCAGAAGCCCAAAAACGUCAAAUGGAGCUGUGGCUUUCAUGGCAUAGCGUCCAGGUGAUGCGUCUCUGUUGUUAGCUACUGUGCUGGCGCUUGAUGCGCGUGAUUUUAGAGUUUUUGUCUACUCUGGAAAGCGAAUGACCAGCUCGCGGAAGCUUAGCUUGUGUUUCUUCUGACAGCUCAUCACGUUGGAAUUGGGCCGACGAGACGUAAUCCCAAGCUCUAUGUGCGACGGAGGACGCAGGUGAAAGCUCUAAAUGAAGGAUGAUACGAGCAUCAACGUACGUUGAUCGCCAUUUCCCCGACUAUGGCCGGCGCCGGUAAAGGUUGACAGAUCAUCCAGGCGACAAGCAGGACAGCUAUUGAGAAAGAAAGUAAGGCUUUCGUGUGCAGCUGAGGCGUCAGGUCCUUGUUGCUUGCAUCCAGAUCGUGUGUAAACCGAGCGAUGGGCGUAUUUAGCUUUCCGAAUCUUAGGCGUGAUGACGGGAGUUGAAGGAAAGAAGCUGGAGGUUGCCUGCCGCCCGGCUGCACGUCUACAC